GAGGUAUCGAUCAAACGACACGGCUCGUAAGUAUCGAGAACUUAUAGUGUCGAACAUGGCCGCGGAAAGCAAACGGGCUGCGAAUCCAAACGCUUGCGCCGUUUACGGCAGAGUGCCAUCGAUUGGGAUGGAUCGAACAAGGAUUACAUUUUGCACGGAUGUGGACAAAUCUGUGAUUGUACACAACUUCGAGAAACGCGGCUGGACGCAAGUUGGUCCUGAAGACGACUGGAAUUUUUAUUGGGCCGUUACUCAAUCCUGCAGGAAUAUCUUCAGCGUUGAAACUGGAUACAGAAUGGACGAUAAUCAAAUCAUCAAUCACUUCCCGAAUCACUACGAGCUCACGCGCAAAGAUCUGCUGGUGAAGAACAUUAAGCGCUACAGAAAGGACUUGGAGAGAGAGGGAAAUCCUUUGGCGGAGCGCACGGAGGGUCCAGGCAAAUAUAUGUACCUCGACUUUAUACCCGUGACUUUCGUCUUACCCGCGGAUUACAAUAUGUUCGUGGAAGAAUAUCGCAAAUCCCCGCAGAGUACCUGGAUCAUGAAGCCAUGCGGCAAAUCGCAGGGCGCCGGGAUAUUCCUUAUCAACAAGCUGAGCAAGCUGAAGAAAUGGUCGCGCGAGGCAAAGACGCCGUUCAAUCCGAACUUAACGAAAGAGUCGUACGUCAUAUCCAGAUAUAUUGACAAUCCGCUGCUGAUCGGCAGCAAGAAAUUCGAUCUCCGAUUGUACGUUCUCAUCACGUCAUUUCGGCCGCUCAAAGCGUAUCUCUUUAAAUUAGGAUUUUGCCGCUUCUGCACCGUUAAGUACGACACCAGCGUUCAAGAGCUCGACAACAUGUAUGUGCAUCUGACGAAUGUGUCCGUGCAAAAGCAUGGCGACGAGUAUAACAGCAAGCACGGCGGUAAGCUGAGCGUGCAGAAUCUGCGUCUGUAUCUGGAGAGCACGCGCGGGAAGGCGGUUACGGAGAAGCUGUUCGCCAACAUCUCCUGGUGCAUCGUGCACUCACUGAAAGCGGUGGCACCGGUGAUGGCAAAUGACCGGCACUGUUUCGAGUGUUACGGAUACGACAUCAUCAUCGACAACAAGUUGAAACCGUGGCUGAUCGAGGUAAACGCCUCGCCGUCUCUUACAUCCACGACAGUGAACGACAGGAUCUUGAAGUACAAAUUAAUCGACAAUAUCAUAUCAGUGAUCCUGCCUCCCGAUGGUAUGCCCGACGUGAAAUGGAACAAAUCACCUUCCCCGGAAGCUUUGGGUAACUUCGAGUUACUCCUGGACGAGGAGUUGGCGGUUCAGGACGAGAGAGAGGGUUCAUCGAGCAAGUAUCGCGGCUCUUCGCUCAACAAGUGGAAAUAGAUCUCAUCCGUUUCCAUCAUUAUACGCUUCAAUUAUUCCUUAAAAUUCCAUCUCGACCGAGUUUUCAAGGUAACUUAUACGAUAAAUAAUUGGCGCACUAUUAAAAAGUUAUCGCUAUUAAAUAUAUUCGCUCUGCGUAUAAUAUACCGAUCGGUCGCAUCGAAGUGAAGCUCGAAGAAGAAAAUCCUCCAUGGAGAUUUUAUUUCUUUACGUUAACAAACAAGUUUAUUCACUGUAUAAAUAUGCUACAUAAUACGACUACGCAAGAGGACGCACGCGCGCGUCAAAUUGCGAGGAUGUAAAAAUAAUAUAGGCAGUAAUAUUUUCUUCAGUCUUUCGCGCGUGUUGAAAUGAGAAUAAUAUAGUAAUGUAUUAGUUUGCUCUUGUUUUUUCUUUUUUCUUUUCUCUCAAAAGGCGUUUCGAAAUCGCAAUGCGAGGUAGGGGUCCUUGCAAUCCUUGCGUAUUUUGUACAGGCUGCGAUACGGUUAACGCGUAUCAUACAGAACUAUUGUACAAUUUAUGGCACAGUUUCCCGAAAAUACGGCGAUCGCGCUUAAAGCGCUAAGAACGAACGAACAGCGAAUGCGAGAUUCGGAAGUUGAUAAGUUCGGGAAGAUCGGGUUAUUUUCAUCUCCAUGAAUGAUGAGGCAGGAAUAAAGAUUACAGAAAGGAGACAACGAGGAAAAAGGUGCAGAGAAUGAAUUCCUAAUAAAAAUGGAAGGCUGAAAAGAUCUCGUACAACUCGUAGGAUAUCAGCGAAACACUUUUCCGCGCUUGUGUUUCUUCACUAAUGGGCUUUCCUGGUUUCUCUCAAGGAAGAACUUACGAUGCGAUAGUGAAGAAACAAAUAGUUCAGAGGAGUGAAACGAGAGAAGACGUUCGCUCGCGAGGGCGACGCGAAAGAGAGAUUUCUGAUUUCGCGUUCGUUGCUCGUUCACUCGCCGUAUACCCGCUUUUACAGGAACGGAUUGUAUGUGUGCGUUAACGAUACGCCGCUUCUGCGUCGACAUGGUAUAUACAUCGUAUGGCGCGCGAUUACAAUGUUAAACGUUCUACGCGUAAGAUGCAUUGAAUUAUUGCUACGAUUUCGAUUGACCGCAUUAAUCUCCGUGUUACUACAUCUAGUCCGUGUAUCUGUGCGAGCGUGUGUACAUGUUUAAGUGUAUGUAGACGGAUAUGAUAUUAGUCGUCGAACACUCUCAUAAAUAUAUUCCGCAAGAUAACGAUUAACCAUUGAACGAACAAAUAAAAUAUUAACAGGAAACGUAGUAAAAAUAUCUUAUGGCAGGAAGGUGAAUAUCGUUUUUCUCUUUUCUUCCUCCCCCGCCCUACACUUUUGUCACACAGAGAAAAUUUACAAAUACGAUAUAUAUAAAACCGUCACCAUUUUAGAGCAAAGAAACACGGAAAGUGUCAUAAAUUUGAUAAUAAAAUAUAUGAAACGCAGCCUUUGGUCAACUGCCAUAUCAAUUAAAUUAUGAAUAACAUGCUGUUAACGAUACAGUAAUAAUAAUAUGAUAUACUUUGAUAUCACAAUUAAUACAGAUAAAUGCACGUCCAUACAGCACUUACAGAUAAAAAAAAGGGGCAUUCUCCGAGACGAAUAUUCCUCUAAUGCUUAUCCUUAAGUUACGGUCAUGUACGCUGUGCGUGUAUGUUUUUCUUUGCAAGUAUGAUGUAAUAGAAGCGUAAUUUCAUAGAAACUACGCCACUCGCUAAAUCAUUAGAUAUUUACAAAGUAGUCGCGGUAGAAUUAUCUUUUCUUUGUACAUUACAAACUAUGAAAAUGUAUAGCAGGCACAAAUGGUAUAAUUAUUAUACGCUGAACUCUGUUAUGGGACGCGCCGAGAGAUAAAGCCCUGAGGCAGUUUUGUUUUUUCUCCCGGUAUAACUCAAUAAAAAAAAAAAAUUAACUUAUGUCCUACAAAUAAAAAUAUAUUUAAAUGUCAUGUCAAUUGUUAUGAUGUACUAAACUUUAAAUCAGAAUUAAAAGCUUUCAAUGCACGCACACAAAACACUGUUAUCUAGUACACUUUUUUUCGACUCGAUCUUUUUCGAUAUAA